ACGACAAAAUCCGAGACGCGGAAGGGUCUGUCGGGACAAAGCAUGAUAAUGGUUUAAAAUAGCCAUCGCUCUCGACUGCAGAAAAUAUUCCCGUUAGUUUGGUCGAUCUAUAAAUAGACUCUUCUUCUCAAAUGUUUUUGUUUCAAUUUGCGCGAUUAGUUUUGAAAUUCAAACAGGCGGCGUAAGACGAAAGCGAAUGGCAGUUGCAGGGCUAUACAAGCGGCGGCUUCCUUGCCCUCCCGCUGUAGAUUUCUCCUCCUCCGAAGGCAAGGCGCUUUUCCGUGAGGCUCUUCAAAGUGGAACCAUGGAGGGGUUCUUUAAACUUAUUUCAUACUUCCAGACACAAUCUGAACCUGCUUAUUGUGGUUUGGCCAGCCUUUCAGUUGUUCUCAAUGCACUUGCAAUUGAUCCAGGAAGAAAAUGGAAGGGUCCAUGGCGCUGGUUUGAUGAGUCAAUGCUUGACUGCUGUGAACCUUUAGACAAAGUCAAAAUUGAUGGCAUUUCAUUUGGAAAAGUUGCAUGUCUAGCUAACUGCUCUGGAGCUAAUGUUGAAGCUUUUCGAACUAAUCAAAGUUCUCUUAAUGACUUCCGAAAACUUGUAGCAAAGUGUGCUUCAUCUGACGAUUGCCAUCUAAUUGCAUCUUAUCAUAGAGGCACAUUCAAGCAGACAGGAUCUGGUCAUUUUUCUCCUAUUGGUGGAUAUCAUUGUGAAAAAGACAUGGCCCUUAUUUUGGAUGUUGCGCGCUUUAAGUAUCCUCCUCAUUGGGUUCCAAUUCCACUUCUUUGGGAGGCAAUGAACACCAUAGAUGAAUCAACUCAACAUCAUAGAGGGUUCAUGCUAAUUUCAAAGCGCGAACAAGCUCCAUCAUUACUUUAUACCCUGUCAUGCAAACAUGAAAGCUGGAAAGGCAUUUCAAAGUAUUUUAUGGAGGAGGUUCCACAACUGCUUAAAUCAGAAGAUAUAAUCAAUGUGCAAAAGGUUAUGUCGGCCAUUUUUGUCUCAUUACCUGCAAAGCUUACAGACUUCAUCAAAUGGAUUGCAGAAGUCAGAAGAUGGGAAAACAAAGAGAAAAUGUUAGACAAGGAAGAAGCUGAUCGACUUGCCAUCAAGGCAGAAAUAUUGCAACAACUACGAACAACAGACAUCUACAAGGUUGUUGAUGAUUGGUCAUCAUCUACCACUUCAUGCUGCCGUUUAUCAUGGUCUUUUGAAGAUAAUUUAUCUGAGAUAGCUAACCAUGUUUGUUGCCAAGGAGCAUCAACCAUUAAUGGCAAUGUUGGCACAGCAAAUGAGUGUUUGUGUAGACAGUAUUGCAUAAGAAAUAUAAGCACUGAUGACAUGUCUGCAGCAAUUGUCUCUGGAACUGUAGUUGCAAAUGGAACUGAACAGGGUGUCGAUGUCCUUAUCCCCAGUACUGCACAACUGAAACACCCACCAUGUUGUAUGAAUGGAGAGAACUCACUGAAACAGCCACCACAUUGUAUGAAUGGAGAGAACUCACCUACAAAUUGGCUUCAGACAUACCCAGCUAGCAAAGAUUUACUUACUAUACUACUUCUAGCAUUACCUCGAGAUACAUGGCAAGAGAUUCAGAAAAAGGAACUAAGGGAAGAAAUUUAUCACCUUAUUUCCACAAACAACCUUUCCAAUGGCUUGAAGGAGGAGGUGUUGCACUUACAACGCCAACUCCACCUUUUGUACAGAUGUCAAAAUGGCACCAUAGAAGAGGAUGUGUGAGACCCUUUAGAGGUCAUGCAAGAAGCAUGAUUGUUCCUAAUUGUUGAGAAUCAAACAGAUUUAAGAUGCAUCAUGUGGUGAAAACUGUCGUGCUCAAAAUCUUAAAACCAUUCCAAACAUACCAAUUUUAUCAUUUAAUUUUUUUUGAAUAUUCACAUAUACUUCACAUUCGACAAUCAAUAUAUGAUAUGAAUCUUCACUUAGUUGCUUUCUGAACUGAUAAAUCAAUCGGAACAUCAACAUGUAUCCCUGGAUGAGUUUGAGUGAUUGUGUGUGGGUUAGGGAUGCACAAUUCCAAAAGAUUGUGAAUACAUCUGGCUAAAGAAUUCGUUGUCACAAAU